UUGAAUCUCGAAUAUAAAACUGAUUUCACCAAGUUUAUUAUACACACCCUAUUUUUACCUUGCAAUGUGUUUUUUCCGAGCCUACCUUUGGGUAUGUUUACAUUCCAUCUCCUUACAAUGCGCAACUAAGAAUGUAGACAAGUAAAUAUUCGAUAAUUAGGCUGCUAAUGUGGAGACACGUAAAGCCUACAUGGAAGCUCAAUGUUUCGCAGUGUUCUCAGAAGUGGCUACGUUGUCACCACUCAAAUAAAAUGAAUGUAAUUUCUUACAAUCGACUAUACUUCCGUAUUAGGCUAAUAUAAUACGUUUGUAUUGUUGGCUGUGACAGGACUAAGUAUAUUAUUCAAAAUUAGAUUUAUGCCUGCAGUGAGGCGUGUACAAACGCGCCUUCGCUAUAUUAUGGGUAUUUCAUUGAGUGAGAGGUGCGCACGUUGACCGAGAGUCCUACACUAGAUCAGGGAGGUUUAGGCACAUUAGGGACAAAAUGUGCCGUUGUUCACAUUUAUAGUACAUAUUUGAGUUGUUUAUUUACUUGAUUGCACAUAUCCGGUCACUGUGAUACCCACAAUAUUUGUAAAAAAUCAACUGUUAAGCAGAUGUUUUCAAUUGUAACAGUUUAGUUGGGACGUUGCAGUCCUAAUCAUAGCGUAUUUAACCAUCCUCGGUCCUAGAUUGGGCAGACUUGCGUUCUAUCUAGACCAUUGUCUUUUUUGGUGCGAUUGCUGUAGGUUAAUCCAAUAUUGACGAAGAAGGAAUUGUAAUGACAUUAAUAAUUGCAAUAUGGCAAUACUGUCAUAACAACAAUUCCGUUUUGAUAGGCCUAUCUCAUCCCACUAUUUCGGGGGUGUUCCUCUUUAAUUUUGCGGUAUCCAUACUGUAUGCCUUCCUCUUUUGUUAGGGAGGUUGGGCCACAAGAGUAGUCUAGGCUACUGUGAUUAUUCAGACAGGAAGAUUCCAGGUACUAUAAAAUAAAUAGGCAUAACAAAAAGCUUAACUUAACAACUGAGUUGGUUAGUUUGAAGACGACAUGCAAGCGUUUCAAGCGCAGGAUAUACAGUUUUUUCACAAGCUGACGUCGGAAACAGAAAUUCUGCAGAGGCCCUAACCGCGUCUCUUUGAGCAAGCAAACGACGCAAGUAACGGGAGACAGAGGCGCAAGGGCGAGGCGACGGCUGUAUGCUAUAGCAUUGUUAUCAGAUGCGCAAACAGUCUGGAAACGUUCUAAUAAAAGCAGCGGAAAGGGACGGCUGUUAAGUACUUUUUACGCAGUCACGCUACGCUACUCCAGACAACGCACCUCAAAAUGAUGUCACUUAUAGACUUGAAUGAUGACCAGAGAUGGGUGCCAACGCAUGUAAAUGUAACGGUCCUUCGUGCAAGGGGAUUACGGACAAAGGGCAAGCACGGGAGCCGUUAUGUUUACACCAUCAUUCAGGUUGGGAAGGAAAAGUACACCACCGGUUUGGUCGAGAAAGCGACUGUGCCGGAGUGGAAUGAGGAAUGCUGUUUCGAACUUCUUCCUGGAAUAUUGGAGGCUGGAGGUCGCAGUGCUUAUCCGCCGGGGAGCGGUGAUCUGGUCCUUACGGUAAUGCACCGGGUGCUUAUCGGGCUUGAUGUGUUUCUUGGUCAAGCCGUCGUCCUCCUGGAUAAAAUCUUUCAAGAUGGAAUGUGCCCUAGAGAUGAAUGGCUCAAACUGAACUCUAAGGCAGGCCGGAAGGAGAAGGAGCGUGGCGAGUUGCAGGUAACUGUCCAGUUUACCCGCAACAACAUGACAGCCAGCAUGUUUGACCUCACCAUGAAGGACAAGCCCCGCUCUGCCUUUGGCAAGCUCAAGGACCGUGUAACAGGCAGGAAGAGGGGUGAUGUGGAGUCUUCUUCAGCCAUUGUGCCCGGCCGCUUUGCUGCUUUGUCGGGUUCCCUGGGGCAGCCAUUCGGUGAGCAGGAUGGAGGGUUGGAGGACACCGGGGACGCAGACAUAGUCGAGGAGAAGAGGAACAAGAUGAAGGAUUUCUUUCUGGGGAAGGGAAAGUUGCGGAGGUCAUCAGACACAAGGUCAUGCUCUUCACUGGCCUCCGAGAGCAGCUUGUCUUCCAUGGCCAGUGAGAGCCCCUGCCCCCCUCCUCUAGGCCUUGGUCUACUGGCAGACCCCCCUAGCUCCCCCAUCUACAGCAGCAAGGUCAAAGUGGACACUGACAACAGAGAGACAGACCUAGCUAAAAAAGUGCUCACCACCACACAGUCUUCCCCAAAGAUACUGACUCACAAGCGGGCCUUCAGCGACGAAGCAAGUAAAAUUAUCACUACUGCUGUUCCCCGGCCAUCUCCUGCUGUGGAGUCCCUCAAGUGUCAGGGUAUGACUGUCUCCCAAUCCUCUCUGUGCAUCAAUGGAAGCCAUGUCUACGGAUCUGAGCCGAUCGGUCCUAAGGGCUCAUCUACCCUACCAUCUAAGUUUGUCCUUCUUGAGAAGUGCUCUCCACUCUCUCGCUCGUUGCAGAACCUGACAAAGCGGAAUGAGGACAAGGUUACUGUUGACGAGGGCCAGCGCUGGUCUUUAGACAAGGUUAAGAAAGAAGAGAAGGAUGAGAAGAAAGCCGAACCUCCUGUCUCCAAAAUUCAAAGCGCUCGAGUUGGGGAUCGGCCGGUUCAGGCAACUGCCCCGAUUCUAUCUUCCUUUACUACAGUGGACUCAGCAGAUAAAGGGAAGAAGUUUAGAAAGACAUUAUUCUCUGGAGGGAGAAGUGAUUCUCUGCAUGCUAAAUCAGAGUUAAGCCAAGGUUCUCCACCCUCUGAGGGGAAACUGCGAGGCUGGUUUGGCUCCACUGACACCCAGAACAAGCCCAGGCUGCGAGUUUCUCCUAAGGUAGAAAGCGACUCAGACACCCCUCCUCCCCUCCCCCCUCGCUCACCUAUCACCCCCCAGUGCUUGUCUCCCUCUGCUGGCUGUGCCUCACCCGACAGUGGCCAUCCCACUAAACCCUUCAAACCCUCUUCCUCUCCGAUCCCCAAACCCAUCUCUCCCUCCAACCCCUUCCUCCCACGUAUGCUGUCCAACCCCUUCUUUGAAGACCUCAUUGCCGAUCAGGCCAUGAUCAGGAGUUCUCCACCUUUUGCUUCUGGCACAGCUUUGCCUUCCACAGCUUUGCCUCCUGUCCCUAGUCCCACUAAUGAUACAAAUGUGACAAGGAAAACUUCGGACUUGGGGCGAGAGCGCCCCAGGCCUGUAGCUAGGCAGGCAUCGCUUCCUGCUUUACUUUCGAAAGCGGCUACGGCUAGCCCCCCUAAUCCAUUCAACUCUCAAUUUAUAUCAGAAAGCAGGGGACGAGAAUGGGAUGAGUCCUUCGAAGCUUUUGCCUCCAGCAGACUAAACUCGCCAAAGGGUUCUCCUACUGAUCACCCUUCAAAGGUGACACCAAGGGAAGCUCAAGUAAGAUGCAGUCCUCCAUAUGAAUGUUAUACUAUUCCACCUAUUGAGGAGAUGAGGAUGGGUGAAGAAGAACCUCCACCGCUGCCUCCACGGAGGCCCAUAAUAAGGAAUGUGCUGAACGAGAGAUCUUCUGACAGCUGGUUGCACAGGGGUCAGGAGCUAGCUGUACAGAAAGAGGCAUGUCUUCUGUCACAAACUGGCACAGCUUCCCUACAGCACACAAGAGAAUGGGGGCACAAAAGACUCACACCAAGUCCACACUUGUACCUGAGCCCAAACAAAGACGUUGUCAGCUUUGACAUGUCAGACUUUCAUACUGAACUCUCACACCAUUAUGCCAACAUGUGUCCAGACUCUCCUUCUCCAUUUAAGUCUUCUGAAGAAGAGCUCCAGAAGUUUGUCUAUGGAUCCUUGCGAGAUGAAGAUGAUAGUUGCAAAACAAAAUUUAUUGAGCAGGACUUGUGGCUGAAAGCAACUGAAAAGCAUAAAAUGCAGAUUGCAAAUGAUUCAAUACAAUUGUUGGACUCAGACGAUAUGACACACACAACCAGUCACACUGUUAGAAAAGAUGGCAUUGUAAAGAAUACUCUCGAACACAAAGACAUAUCUCUACCAAUAAUGCUUCUUGGUAGUGAAAUGUCUGUUGCUGAUCUAUUGAAUAUGUCUUCUCCAAAAGACUCUCUUAAAACACAAGGCAUAUUUUCCUCUUCACCCGACCCCACAUCUGACUCAGUUUACCCAGAUAAGCCCCCAAAGUCCAUAAACAACCAAUAUGAAUUGGCUCCACUAACCUUACAAGAUUUAAAUAAAAAUGUAACUAACUCAGAUUUUAGUUUUAUUGACUCAGCUUCUGAUGCUUCUCCAUCUCCAUCUGAAACUGUGACAGUGCCUACCCUUAGAGGUUUAGGUGAUGUUUUACCCCAACCUCCACAAGAAUCUCCUUUGGUUAUAUAUCAUGAACAGUCAGAGGAUCUGCAAACUUCUCAGAAGCUUAGUAUCGUAGAACUCAACUCUGCCCCAAUAGUGCAUGAUCCGGAAUUGUCCCUGAUUUGUCCAGAAAGUAGUCAAGAGGGAGGUUGUGAAUUGAAAACAUCCUGCGGAGAGUCUGCAAGCAAUACAAAGAACAAUGAAAUGUUUACACCUGACAGUCUUAACAUAGAGCUUGAAUCUAAAGACAUCACCAGAGAGACUGUAAACUUAAAAGACACACAAUCUCUGCUGGUUGGAAAUGGUUACCUUACAAAAUCAAAGAUAAAGAUCUCAAUGGUAGAUCCUGCGUGUCAUAACAGAAUGUCUUCAGCUUUUCCUCAAUUGGGAAUGCAUCAAGGCAUUGUAAGCAAUACAUUAGUGAGUCUGCCACUGAACAUACAAACCAAGCCUUUCAAUGAGUCUUCACCAACGGGUGCCAGUUCACCUCGAAGUCUAAAAGAAUUGAUACACAAACACAAAAGCAAUGGGGGUGAUAAAAGCUCUGGCAAAGGAUUAAGUGAGAACCCUAUUAACCAACUGUGUUCUGGGCAAAUAAUCUCAGAGAGUGCGGAUGAAUCAUUCUCAUAUAAACUGGAUGAAUCUCCCUUUUCUUCACCUUUAUCUCCAGAUAGAGAGACAACGCUGAAGGCAGCCAAAUUAUUUGUUUCCUCACAAAUAAUGACCACAAACAGUUCUACUCAGCCUAUUCCAGAAGAACACUGCUUAGCUGGAUUUUCCCCAUCCAAACAUGCAGGGAUGAUUAGAUUUGAAGACCGUACCAAAGUAUCCCCGAAUGUGAGAAGCCCUUUGAGUGCCAGGUUAAGGCCUUGUGUAUCGAUGCAUGCUUCCAACCCCUCCUCUGCCACCCACUCCCUGGUGACUGACACUAAUGUUCUGGCUAAGCUAAACCGGACUCCCGGCCCAAAUUCCAUACCUCACUCAUCAACCCUGAGGCCAAGUACCGGAGCCAGCGCCACUUUAGCUGUGGCCCCCUACACCUCUUCCUCCUUUGCCUCCUCCUCUUCCUCCUCCACUACUCCCCAGCCCUUGGUCGAUGCACAGCACACACUUUUGCCUGAGGAGACACAGCCAGCUAGCAGCCUGCCCCGACAGGAGAGCAGCCCCCACCCAGUGAAGCCUCUGACCACCACAGCCAGUCAGGGAGAAAAGAAAGAGGGUCGAUCCGUUUUGGAGAAACUUAAGUCUUCCAUCCACCCAGGCCGUACCGCUCAGCAGACACUGGCUGAGGCAGAAGCUGAGACUCAGAAGAAGAUUGAGGAAGCGUUAGCGGAAAGCUCUGCGCAGUAUGAGCAGCUGACCAACAUGGAGCUGAUUUCCCUUCUGCUGCAGCAGGAGAUGGAUAUGGAGGAGCAGCAGGCGGCCUCCAACCAGCAGUCAGCGCUGCUAGAGAAACACGAGGCGGAGCUAAAAAAGGUCAAAGCGCAGGUGCGCGACCUAGAAGACUAUAUCGAUAAGCUGCUAGUGCAGAUAAUGGAGCAGACGCCCACUCUCCUUCAAGUGCGCUCGCGACACAAGUGACCACUAAUGCAAGGGAGUGCAUUUAUAGUAAGUAUAAUACAGGGCAUUGGUCACCAACAACCCUGGUCCUGGAGGGCUAUUAACUAGGAUGAACUGACUAUUGCUUCUGCUCAGAACCUAGUAUAGCAUGUCAAACAAGGUGGGUUUGUUGUCAGUAUAUUUUACUGAAUUAGCAUUUAUAGUGUGGGGUUUGAGCAAAAGCUGAUGAUUGCCUGGUGGGUAGAGCAUCUGACAAGUAAUUAAAAAAGGUUACCAGAUAUGUUUCCCCUUGUUGUCUGGGGGAUUCUAUGUCAUACUCUCCCUGAGCAAGACAGUUAACGAUCAUUUCUCCCUGGGUUCACAGUGCCACCCCCCACUGUAUUUAUGCAAAUUGUUGGGGUUAGGUAAAUAUCAGAAGUACAAUUGCAGUUGGACCAUGUGUGCAAUUGAUGACUAAAUUAAUGUCAAACUUUUACUUGCGUCAUUUUUCCGGACCAGGGUUGAUGACCAUUGCACCAGGGGGCACCUGUAGUCCAAAACACUGACCCCCUAAAAAACUGUCACACAACCUUCCAGGUUUCACUGCUGAUAUCCUGCCCUCUUGGUAUAAACAGAGCAUAACCAGACAUGCAUGCUUGCUAUUGCUCAUAUUUGGUAGCGUCAGGCCAAAAACAAUAAUUAGAAAUGGCAAUCAUAGCAAAUGGAAUUGGUCACUUCACGCUUGCUAUUUAGAUUAAAGGAAAGUGACGCAGCUUUUGUUAACUGCAAUGCAUUGGAAUUCCUAUAAACCAUUUAUGAACGUUACGAUUAUGUUUUCCUUUUACACAAAGUGCAAAGUUAAUUUAACAUUCAGUGGUAUAGAUUGUUCUUACAAGAUACGACAUUAUGUCAAGUUAAGAAAACAUCUAAGUGUCUGAAUGAGUUUGGUAUGCACCCAAUUUAUUUUCAUCUAAGCAAAACAUUAAGUGCAAAAAAAGAGAAUUACAGUCAGCUUCCAUUUGUAAACCAUGAUCUUGAACCAGUGUCCUUUUUUAUAAGUUAUUUUUUAAAACUUUGAAAUGUAUAUCUGAAAAAAAAUAUAAGAAAAUAUAAAAAAGAUAUAGAAAUUACAUUUCUGCUGCUGCUGUAUGAAAAGCCGAAUCUAACAAGCACUUUUACUCAUGUUUUUCCUAUUUAAAACAUUUACAAAAUUCAACAUGAUUCAACAAAAUUAUUACACAUUUAAACAUUCAUUUAAUCAUGGAUACAUGUUGAUGAAUCCACAGCUUGGUUAUUAUUAACUAUUCAAGGUUUAAGUAUCUGUUUGCAAUGAAUAGUGACACAAAUGAUCAUGAUGUGGUAAGAUGGGUGUUACAAUUAAUUGAAAUUGCAUUGAUUUAUGAAACAUUUGCAAUUUCUUCAAUUUUUUUCAUUUGCAAAUUGAAUGUAUGCAAUUACUUAUGAUAAUUCACUUAUUUUUUCCAUUUUGGUUUCAUUUGUGAAGCAAAAUUAGUACAGCAAUUCAAAUCAGUACCAUGAUGCAAAUGCUGUGAUGCAAAUACAUGACCCCUGCACUGUACCAUGCAAAAUAAACUUGCUCAAAAGAAAUUGCUCA